CGCCGAGGGGGCAAGCGCUGCUCUAGUGGCAGUGCCGCCGGGACGGGGAGGCGACGUGACGUGGCCGGGGCGCGACGGCCUCCUCCCGCGGCGGGGGAGACGCGGCGGAUUCCAGCGGUGGGAGAGGAGGCGGCGGCGGUGCCGCGGGCCGCGCGGGUGAUUCACGCCUUGCCCUGCUCCGACGCGUUGCCGGCUGGGGCCAUGCGCGGCGACGCGAGGGAAAGUCGCAACAGCCGCCUGGGCUAGGUGACGGCAUCGGGGGACCAUGAACUGGGGGGUGUUCGAAGGGCUCCUCAGCGGGGUCAACAAGUACUCGACGGCCUUCGGCCGCGUCUGGCUCUCCGUGGUCUUCAUCUUCCGCCUGCUGGUCUACGUGGUGGCGGCCGAGCGGGUCUGGAGCGACGACCACAAGGACUUCGACUGCAACACGCGGCAGCCGGGCUGCGGCAACGUCUGCUUCGACCACUUCUUCCCCGUCUCCCACAUCCGCCUCUGGGCCCUGCAGCUCAUCCUGGUCACCUGUCCCUCCCUGCUCGUCAUCAUGCACGUGGCCUACCGGGAGGCCAAGGCGCAGCGGCACCGCGCCGCCGAGGGGGACGGCGGCCGCCGCGGCUACCCCGACCCCGGCAAGAAGCGGGGAGGCCUGUGGUGGACCUACCUGCUCAGCCUCGUCUUCAAGGCCGCCGUGGACGUGAUUUUCCUCUACAUCUUCUACCGCUUCUACCGGAACUACACCCUGCCGCGCGUGGUGAAGUGCGAGCUGCCGCCGUGCCCCAACGUCGUGGACUGCUUCAUCUCCCGGCCCACCGAGAAGAACAUCUUCACCCUCUUCAUGGUGGUCACCGCCUGCGUCUGCAUCGUGCUGAGCCUCGUCGAGGCCGGCUACCUGAUAGGCAAGCGCUGCCGCGAGCGCCUGGGCGCCCGGCGCGGGGAGGACCACGGGCGCCGCCGGGACCGCGCUCCCUCCCGCGCAGACUCGGCCGAAGCCGGGGGGCAGGUUUUCCAGGGGACGGACUACAAGCCCCCCGUGGCCUCCGUCCCUGCCGGCGCGCUGCAGGACGAAGAGGCCCUUCCCUAGGGGCCGGGGGAUGCAGGCGCCGUCCCGCGGGAGGGAGCUGCCCCUCCGCCAGGGCAGCUCGGGGAGGGGGUUGUACGUCGGCUUUUGACCCUGCGUCUCUCGGGGAAGACGCAGGACGUCGUGCCGACGGGCUGGGUGAGGGCAGGUGCUGCGGGACGUGCGCGCGCUCUCCGAGAGCCGCCGUGCUGCGCGCCGCCGGGGCCGGGAUGCAGCCCCGGUGCACUCGAGCCGCGCGGUCCAGCCAUCGUGCACCCACUCCGUCUGGCUUUGAGCAUAAUUUCACAGCAAAUAAAAGCUUCUGCCUCUAAGAAA